CCGCGAGUUCUUUGCUGAUGAGAGUCUGUAUCCAUUUGGAUUAAAAUACCCACGCAGUUUGUGACUAAAACGGGAGGGGGUACAACGGAAUACCAGGUAUCUAUUACACCAUUUCUCUGGUGAAGGCUAUUCAGCAGUGGUGACCUCUUCCAAUCGAACACUCCACAAAUUAUUAUCUCUGGACUCCCAGCUGACACCCUGCCGGAGGCUAGAGCUACUAAGCCAACUGGAACUGUGCCCGUACUCCUGUCAAGGUUUUUUUCUUACAGAGGAAAAAGAAAGAAAAAAAAAAAGAUGAAGUUGGGCAAAGUGGAGUUCUGCCAUUUUUUGCAGAUAAUAGCUCUUUUCCUGUGUCUUUCUGGGAUGAGUCAAGCAGAAUUCUCAAGGUCCAGAUCAAAGCCCUAUUUCCAGGCAGGGAGGCCACGGACCAAGCGCAGCUGGGUGUGGAAUCAGUUCUUUGUGCUGGAGGAAUAUAUGGGUUCAGAUCCUCUAUAUGUAGGAAAGCUUCACUCUGAUGUUGAUAAAGGAGAUGGCUCCAUCAAAUACAUCUUGUCAGGCGAAGGGGCAAGUUCCAUUUUCAUUAUUGAUGAGAAUACUGGGGAUAUUCAUGCUACAAAGAGGCUGGAUCGGGAAGAACAGGCCUACUACACGCUCCGAGCACAAGCACUAGAUAGGCUGACUAAUAAACCUGUGGAACCAGAAUCGGAAUUCGUCAUUAAGAUUCAGGAUAUCAACGACAAUGAACCAAAAUUUUUGGAUGGCCCAUAUACUGCAGGUGUGCCUGAAAUGUCUCCUGUGGGAACCUCGGUGGUACAAGUAACAGCUACGGAUGCAGAUGAUCCUACUUAUGGCAACAGCGCCCGAGUGGUUUACAGUAUUCUGCAGGGACAGCCAUACUUUUCUGUGGAGCCAAAGACAGGUGUCAUCAAGACCGCCCUUCCCAACAUGGAUAGAGAGGCUAAAGACCAGUAUUUGCUUGUAAUUCAAGCAAAGGAUAUGGUUGGGCAAAAUGGAGGACUAUCAGGGACUACGUCUGUCACAGUCACCCUUACUGAUGUCAACGAUAAUCCACCCCGCUUUCCAAGAAGGUCUUACCAAUACAAUGUCCCAGAAUCAUUGCCUGUGGCAUCAGUGGUGGCUCGAAUUAAAGCUGCUGAUGCUGAUGUGGGACCAAAUGCAGAAAUGGAAUACAAGAUUGUGGAUGGUGAUGGCCUGGGAGUUUUCAAAAUUUCUGUUGACAAAGAUACACAGGAAGGAAUCAUUACUAUUCAGAAGGAGCUGGAUUUUGAAGCCAAGACAAGUUAUACACUGCGCAUAGAAGCCGCCAAUAAACAUGUUGAUCCUCGCUUCCUGAGUCUGGGACCCUUUAGUGAUAUGACAACAGUGAAGAUAAUUGUGGAAGACGUGGAUGAGCCCCCUGUGUUUAGCUCCCGUUUAUAUUCCAUGGAGGUGUCUGAAGCCACCCAAGUUGGCAAUAUCAUUGGAACUGUAACAGCACAUGAUCCAGAUUCUUCAAACAGUCCUGUUAGGUACUCAAUAGAUAGAAACACUGAUUUGGAGAGAUAUUUCAAUAUUGAUGCCAACAGUGGAGUUAUUACAACUGCCAAGUCUUUGGAUCGGGAGACAAAUGCUGUUCAUAACAUCACAGUCCUGGCAAUGGAAAGUCAGAAUCCAUCUCAAGUAGGAAGAGGCUAUGUGGCCAUCACCAUUUUGGACAUCAAUGACAAUGCCCCUGAAUUUGCCAUGGAUUAUGAGACCACUGUCUGUGAAAAUGCCCAACCUGGUCAGAUUAUCCAGAAAAUCAGUGCAGUUGAUAAAGAUGAGCCAUCCAGUGGUCACCAGUUUUACUUCAGCUUAACAGCUGAUGCAGCAAAUAAUCACAAUUUUUCUUUAAAGGACAACAAAGAUAAUACUGCCUCAGUAUUGACCAGAAGGAAUGGAUUCCGGAGACAAGAGCAGUCUGUUUACUAUUUGCCAAUUUUCAUCGUGGACAGUGGUUCUCCUUCCCUUAGCAGUACCAACACUCUUACUAUCCGAGUAUGUGACUGUGAUGCAGAUGGCAUAGCUCAAACAUGUAAUGCAGAGGCUUACAUUUUACCAGCAGGACUAAGCACAGGAGCACUUAUAGCAAUCCUUGCCUGUGUCCUGACAUUAUUAGUGUUGGUCCUUAUGAUUGUCACAAUGAGAAGACGGAAAAAAGAACCACUGAUUUUUGAUGAGGAGAGGGAUAUUAGAGAAAAUAUUGUCCGUUAUGAUGAUGAAGGUGGUGGUGAAGAAGACACAGAGGCUUUUGACAUGGCUGCUUUGAGGAACCUGAAUGUCAUCCGAGAUACCAAAACUCGAAGGGAUGUGACACCAGAGAUUCAAUUCUUAAGUCGACCAACGUUUAAAAGUAUUCCCGAUAACGUCAUUUUUAGGGAAUUUAUUUGGGAAAGAUUAAAAGAAGCUGAUAUAGAUCCCUGUGCUCCUCCUUAUGAUUCUCUACAGACAUAUGCCUUUGAGGGAAAUGGUUCAGUAGCUGAGUCACUCAGUUCUUUAGAUUCUAUCAGCUCAAACUCUGAUCAGAAUUAUGAUUAUCUUAGUGACUGGGGGCCUCGUUUUAAAAGACUUGCUGAUAUGUAUGGAACUGGCCAGGAUGGCUUAUAUUCAUAGCCUUGGGACCUUAAUAGAAAAUGCACUGAAGACAGACAAAACAAAACAAAACAAAAAAGAGCAAAUACAAGCUCCACUUACUGGAUUUAAAAAGGUGUAAAUAUUUCUCCAUUUUUAACCAUUUAGGUUUUUGCCUUGGUGAAGCAUAUCUUCAUUAGACUUGUUCUAGAGACUUCACUGACAACAGAUGCUGAGCAUUUGAAGGUAUUUUGAUAAAAUGAGAUGCUCAGAUGUAUUUGAAUAGAUAGCAACCCUUAUAUACCUGCAAAGGCAACUAACUUCUCUGAAUCAGUAGUGCACUGUGACCUUGAUGAGCCAGUGAUAAUCCUGUAAAUGCCUUCCCACUAUGACUAUGUCUACAUGUAAAGUUUAUCUCUCCAAUAUGAUGAAUGGAAGAAAAAAAAUGUGGUGCCAAUCUAAGAAGACUUAGUUUUUUAUACCAAAUCCUUUAGAGUGAACCUGCAGCUUUCUGGCUCAUGACAUCUAGCAGAAUUUUGUUACUUUUGACUAAAAAACCCAAAUUACCAGGAAUACUUGCAAAUGCCUAGUUAGAUACACAUUUUUUUUUCAGUCUACUCCCACCACUGAAUCAAGCAAAA